CUAUUGAAUUCCAUUGAAAUAAGGGUGCAGGUUUAAUUCCUUGUUGUAGUGAAAAAAGCAUAACGAGUGAUGUAUUCUCGAAAGGAUUCCCCACCAAAAUACAAUGCAACCUCGGGACACCCAACGUACAGGAAUGUACAACAACUGGCUCAGGAAUAUAGAUCUUUAUCGUCGUCUAAGGACAAUGUGGGCACUGGAAGAGGUAGAGAGAGUAGUUCCGACUCUGGCAAUAGAAUUUUACAUGAUAAGCGAUUCCCAGUGUCUGACUCGAGAACGGAGGGUGGUCACCAAAGACCUAGUCCAGGUAGAACGUACAAGCAACGCAACCAAGGAGAAGAUCUUUAUGAAAAUGCGAGAUUUUACAAACAACAAGCAAUAUAUAAUUGGAUGAACUCCUCCGAACAGGCAUUUGAGCGUCCAACCCAGGGAAGAUCCAGUGGAAGUUUCAAAGGUUCAUCUCUUGUAACAACAUUAAUUGCCCAAAAUCCCAUAAGGUUCAAAAAUCGCACUGCUGCUUUGCAAUUUGCUCAGGAUCUAUUUCGCAAAGGUACCAUCAAAAGUGUUCAUGGUGCCCGGUUUUUCGAGGAUUCUGAGCUUUUGUAUGUUUGGCAGGAUGAGAACCACCAACAGGAGAGGUCCUCUCGAAGCAUGACGUCAUCAGAUCCUACAUCUCACACUUUUUCCAGAAACAACGUUGACACCAAAUCUACAGAAGCUGAAACGAAGCAAAAAUCGUUUAUAAAUGAUUUCUUCAAGGAGCUCGAGGAAGAUUUUCCGGACACUAAAAAUUCUACAGAUGUGGAUCGAUCAGGGCACUAUGCGUCACUGACCCCGUGGGCCAUACAAAGGGCCAGUACUGCGUCCAGUGACAGUUCUGCGGACACCAUAUCCCAUAGUUAUUCUAAAUAUAAGAACGCAUCAUCAAGGACAGCUGCUCCAUUUUCAAUGGCUACCUCACGAGACCAUGAAGUUAUUCCAGAGGAAACAUCAAUAGAAAGAGCCGAGGGGCAUUCUUUGGAACUGGAACUUGAUCGCAGUUUGCAAAGGAUAGGCGAACCUUCAGCUACACGAAGAUGGCCGGAUCCUCAAUAUAGUUAUUCAGAUAACGAAAAACAACUAAUAGAGGAAAUGAAACGGAUGAAGAGGGAUCAUACGGAAAUAGUGAAAUCAUAUGAAGACAGGGUAUCGAAGCUAAUGACCAAGAUGGGAGAGCUGCGAAGUAUAGCUGAAAUGCUUGAAAACUCAGGAACAAAACCGAAUUCCUAUGGGGUUCUACAGAAAUCCACCUUACUUAAUCUUAUAGAUACCAAAUUAGAACAGGAUAGAAAGCAACCGGAGAACACCUUGGCUUACAGUUUGGAGCUACCUCCUCCCCUCCCCCCUAGACCAGGGAGGGGGAAUGUUGUGUACCCCAACAAACCUCUCAUUAGGCCUUCUGUUAAGAUGAAGGACUUGGACUGGAAUAGGAUUAUUCUUCAGCGUGCAGGUGAUGAUGCGGAUAGGAACGCUGCAAGUAGUACAAUAUGGCAUAGUAUGCUAGAACCUAAAAUUGACAAUGAAGAAGUGGAAAGGUUGUUUCGACAACAAGAAGGUACUAACAUGGACGGAAUGACCUUGUAUAGUGACGUCAUUUCACAGCGCGGAAAAACAAAACAUCAAUUAGUAACCAUCCUUGAAAGAGAAAAAUCAGGUCGGCUUGCCUUCACCAUGAAAGCCCUACCUCAUCCGAUGGCCAAACUGUCGCAGGCAAUAGCCACCUUAGAGAUAUUUCCUAUAAAUACAGACAGGUUUGCUGAACUGAUGGAGCUAUUUGGGGCUAGUACUGACGUUGACAAAAUCAACGCCUACGUCAAAAGGAAGGGUCCUGGAAACUUAGACCACCCAGAAUACCUUCUUUAUGAAUUAUCCAAAAUGGAACAUUUCCGAGAACGCGUGGAUUUCUUACGUUUUCGGUACAGAGCCCAAUGGCAGCUCUUUGAAAUGGAUCAGCAACUCCGGGAAUUACAGACUGCCUGUGACGAAAUCACUAACAGCCUUUCCCUGAAGAAUCUUUUAGAGACCCUUCUGGCUGUUGGAAACUACCUCAAUGGAUCCUCACAGAACGGACAGGCCGAUGGUUUUAGCAUCAACAUCCUUAACAAACUUAAAGAUAUAAAAGACAUUGAUGACAAGGGUAACUUGCUGGAGUUUAUUAUGAAGAUGUAUUGCCAGUUUUAUGAGGUGGAAAUCGAUAUUGGAUGUCCCACUCGAUUCCGACUUCCUGAACCCUCCAACAUGAGACACGCUGCCCAGGUGUCCUUUGACAGCAUACAUGAAUCUCUGGCCACACUUCAUGCGGAACUCCGGUCAUUUCAAGACAAGAUCAUGGAAAAGUUGACAAAAACGGAAUCAUCACAUUCUGUCACCAGUUUUAGAACCAUUGCUGAACAUUUCUUUACUUCAGCACAAGAGGUAAUGACAGAAGCAGACACUCACCUUAGGGAAACGAAGGAAGUGUUCGAAAAUACAAAACUGUAUUUUAUGUAUGACAGUCCCCAGUGUACUCCACAAGAUUUUUUCCAAAUUUGGGCUGUGUUUCUUCAUGACUGCAAGUACUACUGGAAGCUUGCCCACAGAAAGAUAGCAAAAGACAGAUUUGAAUUUGAAUUUAAAUACAAAGGCCAAAUGUCUGUUAACUCAGCUCAUGGGUAUGAUAGCUUCCGGGCAAGCAUGCUCAGACGACUCACUACAUUACAUCGGACUAUUCCAGACAGACCAUCCUCAGGGAAUCAAAAUUUGAAACCCCAGCUCAAUAACUGGACUGACACUGUAGAUGCAAAAGAUCCACAGGACAUUCAAGAUAAAAACAGUUUAACUGUAAAGAAGCAAGAUCUAGACAUAACAUCGUCCUCAUCACCAAAACUCCUAACGUCUGAGCCACCUGCAAGUCUUCACAAACCACAGCCUUUGAUGAAUGGUCAUCAAGAGGUUCCCCAUUUACAAAAUUCGUCAAAUUAUGAAAACCACGAAGACAUAGAGAAUGUUGGAUUGGGUUCUCAGCCUGAUAUUCGUAAUGAUCCUAUUGACGAUAGACCGCCUAUGCCACUACCUUGUCAAGAGUCUGGUGAUCAAAAACAUGCAGAGAAACAAGGGACGUUCUCCAUUAAAACAUGGUUAAAACGGGAGCCAGGUCGACCUCAGAGAAGUACUGAAAACAAAGUCUUGGGUGAAUGCCGACCUCUUGAAACAACUGACCCACAACCAAAACGACCUUCUUCAAGUACCACAUUUAGCAAACUACGUAGCAACUUUGUUCAAAAGAUCACCGGUUCUAGCAGUAAUACCCCAAAGAGACCUAAUCAGCUCAGUGUUCAUAAUCAUCAAAAUACAGAGGUCUCUGAAUCCUUUUCUAGACCUCUGGAGGUAUCCCCGUCAUUUACCCCAUUAAAAAUAACCACAGACUUUGAAAACAUUGAUCCGUACAUGACAAGUUUAGGUCGUGAUGAUCGACAAAACACAGAAAUGUCCAAUAGUGGUGCACGGAAUUAUCCAUAUACAAGCUCAGCUGACAGGCGAAACUUCGAUCAUCGGUUGACGGUGGGUCGGCGUGGAAAACACACAGGAAGAAAUGGGUCAGAUAUUUCCACGGAGUAUGCUGGAUUGUACCACACACCUCCAUUUUCAAACACUGUUUCUGUGGACAGAGAUGGAUAUGCAUCACCAAAUGUGAUAGGUCCAUUCAACAAGAGUGAUAUUAAUAACAAUGAGAAACAUAUCAAUAAUGAAAGUGAAAAUGAAAGAGAUAGAAGUGUUCAUGUACUUUCACGAGCCCCUUUAUCGCACACUGACCAUCACAACCUGUCAUUCCAAUCUAGAGACAAUGUGCCUGCAACAAAAUUGAUUUCAGGCAACUUGCCAAAUUAUAAAUCAAAAAGUAAUCCUAGACAAGUACGGCUUGAUGUAUCGUCUGCUAUGAAAUACCAAGCAGAAAUAGGAUCGCAACAACAUAUGGAAAUGACACCUUCAGAUAUGUCGCACACAGACUUAAAAGUUCCUAUGAGAGAACACAGACCUCCCCCUCCAAUAGAUAACAGUCCGGCUCAAACAGAAACGAAAAAAGAGUCCUCUUGGAGAAAGGAUCUCAGUAAAUUACACAGCGAGUCUCCACCAUCUUCAAAACCUAGCGAAGAAAAACCAGUAAAAAUCACGUUAGGUCGUGCCCAUCAGCGGCAACAAAAGGCAGCUCAACAACAACAACAGCAGCAACAGCAACAACAAAACAAUCUUAAACCGAUUGCUGGAAAUAUAGGAAGCACCGCCAUCAAAAGAGAUAUUCCACCCCAGAAACCACCUCGAACUCCACAAAUGCAGCGAUCCCAAUGCCAUAUGGAUUUAUCCCAAACAAACGAAGAUCAAGACAAACCAGUCGUCCCUGAGCGAAGUCGUGCACAGCAUCAUGCCAUUACAUCACUUAUCAGUCGCUUUGAAAAGAACACUCCCUUGAAUGAUCCUUCUUCGAUUAAUCGAAAUGUAAACAAAACUAAAAAAUUAGCAAUGACUUCAACUCCAUUGACAGAAAGCAAACAAUUCACGGAGGAUGGGGAAGACCCUCCUCCACUUCCUCCUAGAUUUGAUUAUCAAUACCCCGAGGGUAGAAUACAAUAUACUUCAAACUCCAACGAGUCAACCCUAGUCAAGACGCCGGUCAACAACCAGUUAGACAAUAAGCAGUCACAAAGUGUACCAAAUUAUUUACAUUCCAAACUCUCUAACCGUUUUGAUGUGCAUUUAAGUGAUACUAAAGCUUCCCUGCCAAAACCUGUUCAUUCCCGGGAAAGCACUGGUCUUAGUGAUGUAGAAGGAUAUACCGAUCAACUACGCAAAGCCGCUAGUAGUUCUGUCUUUGACAGAUACAAGCAACACAGACUACAGGCUCAUUUUGACAACGAUUCUAAGCCAAACGUUGAAACAGCUCGUAGAAAUUUAAAUCUGGUUUAUGACAGACAAAGUGGUUCAAAUGCAAACUACAACACGCAUCAACCUGUGGCUGCUCACUCUACCUCUUUGCAAAAUAGUACACCACAAUUUACCAAAGUCAAUCACAAUCACGUGACGCCGUCUCCUUCCUCUUACAGCCAAAGAAAUACGCGGAGGGAGGAAGGCUCAACAGCUGUAGUCAAACCCUCAAUAAUGCAAGGGACGGUCAUGGACUUUUAGUGUGCAUGUGUUUUACAUUUCAAAAAAUAUUUCAAUAUUUAUAUGACAGGGUCCUUACAAAUCUCUAUGAUUAUCUUUUCUUUUUUUUUUUUUUUAGAAUAUGUGCAACCAAAUAUUGUAUUAUAUUGUAUUUUGUAUUCAAAUUGUUUACUAUUUACAAAUUAUAUUUCUGAUAGAUAUUUGACGUCAGAUCUGAUAUUUUAUACAGCAAUUUUUGACUUAAAUGUUAUUAAUAUUUACAUUAAAUUAUUAUUUUGAGUUGGA